AUGACCUCGCGACUCCGAACCAUCAUAUCUCGGACCAAGGCGAUGGCACAACCAAAAGAAAUCACCAGCCUGCCACUGCCAGCAUACAUUGACCAUCUCGCGACCAAGGAUCCAGAUCGAUCAUUUGCAGAAAUCGUAAGUCCCAGCGAUGGAAGCUCAAAAACCAUUUCCAUCAAGCAGCUAUCCGUGGCCAUCCACAAGGCGGCCUGGUGGCUAGAUGAACGUCUGCGACACCUGUACUUGUCAAGAACGUUCGCCUACGUAAGCUCAGGUCCAGACUUGCGAUAUUGGAUCCUGAUGCUCGCUGGCUGCAAGACAGGAAGGUUGGCCUUUUUUCCUUCGCCGAGAAACGACGCCGAUGCGCAGCGGCACCUCUUCCAAAGAUACGGCUGCAAAAUUCUGCUUCUGCCACAAGGCGGUUCCGCAAGAUCUGAUCUACAAAGCGUUAUUGAGGCAGAAUCGCUAGCCUGCCUUGAAGUGCCUGAUCUUGACUAUUUUCUUUCCUUCGCCCCAAAUCCGUACGUUUGGCAUUGGAGUCCAAGAACUAUUGCGACAGAGCCACUCGUGGGCCUGCAUUCAUCUGGCACCACUGGACUCCCCAAGCCGAUCAAGAUCAAACAUGGCAACGCCCUGGCCAUGGAAAAAUGGAAACAAAUUCCCGACCUGGGUCAUGGAAAGAUCCAUUUGUGCCAAUGGUCCGGGAAACGGGUGUUGGUCACAUUUCCUCUUUUCCACAUGGCAGCAAUAAAUAUACUCAUGGCAGCGAUUCAAAACCAAUUCACUGUGAUACUUCCUCCUGCUGGACCAACGCCGCCGAAUGCACAAAUGACCGCAGACAUCAUCGACAAGACAAGAGUUCACGUCCUGACCAGUCCUCCUUCCAUCUUGGCGGAGAUGGCCGCGGAUCGAAGGAUGCUCGAGACGCUGUCCAAGCUCAAUUGUGUAGCAUUUGGUGGAGGCCCGUUACCUGAAGCUGCUGGAGAGGAUAUUCGAAGGCGUUCUCACAUCGCCAGUAUUAUGGGCAUGACCGAGUCUGGCAUUCUGCCAUGUGAAUUUACUGAGGAUCGGGAUUGGCAGUAUAUACAAUUUUCACCGGUUCUGGGAAUUGAGAUGCGACCAGCAGCAGACAAUCUUUUCAGCCUGUUCUUCGUUCGCAAUGAGGCUUGCAAGGACUACCAAGUCGCGUUCUACACUUAUCCAGAACGCACUGAGUAUGGAACCGGAGACCUCUAUUCCAAGCAUCCCACCAAACCUGGACUCUGGAAGUGGGAAGGACGAAACGACGACAUCAUCGUGUACUCUACCGGCGAAAAAUACAACCCUACAACAAUGGAGAAUGCGAUCAAUGGUCAUUCUGCCAUCUCGGCUGCUCUCGUCUGUGGGACCGGCCGGCCAAAUUCUGCAUUGCUAGUGGAGCCAAACCAGCAUACAGUCGAUGCCGAAGCGUUCAUAGAAGCCAUCUGGCCGCAUGUCAAGAAGGUCAAUGCCAACAGCCCGGCCCAUGCUCGCAUCAUGAAGGACAUGAUCUUGGUCACAUCGCCCCGGAAACCUCUCCCGAGAGCUGGCAAGGGUACAGUACAGCGUGAAGCAUCAGUUGAAAUCUACGGAAAGGAGCUUGAGGAACUGUAUGAGAGCCCCAUCGCUGAGCGGAAAGAUUCCAAAGCGUCCGCAUUUUCAUUGUCUUCUAUGCCAAGCGAUACUUCUGUCAGCCCAACACGACCUCGUUCAAUCGAGUUUGUCUCCAGCCCAAGCUCUGAAGUUGCGGUCACAUCCCGCGCACUUGUCACCACGACCAAGCGCUCUGAUGAGCAAACCCAAAUUGGGCAGCCUACUGGCCGAUGGGGAGAUUUUGAUACCAUCUCAUUGGCGCGUCGCAUCCUGGAAAUCUUGAAAGACAUCUUUGGUCUCACUGUCGCUGUCGACCAAGACAUUUUUUCUGCUGGUGUAGACUCACUGGGCGUGACGACUAUCGUGCGUGAGUUGCAGCGCCUGCUAUCGACGACAGAUCAAGGUCGGUACUUCAUCGCCCCGAAAGCCGUCUAUCAGAACCCUACAGCGAUUGGCUUGGCGGCCUUCCUGUGCGGCGAUGCUCCAGAAGAGCUUGCUGCGGAAGAUCAAAUGCAGAGGAUCUUCGAGAAGUACACGGCCAACUUACCAAUCACGACUCGCUCGCCGCUUCCUGCUAACCACUCGGCCAAAGUCGUCGUCUUGACUGGAUCUACAGGCUCGUUUGGCACAUAUCUCUUGGAUGCACUGCUUCGCGAUGAGACAGUCGCGGAAGUCAUCUGCCUGAACCGACGUGUCAAUGCCGAAGAAGAACAAGCUCGAUCGCUGAUCCGCAAAGGCAUGUCUGCAAAUUUUGCCAAGAAAAAGACUGUCACUUUCGCCGCCUGCGACUUCUCGCGACCCUAUCUCGGCCUCAACAUCUCGGAGUACAAGGACUUCCUGGGCCGAGCGACACACAUUCUGCACAAUGCGUGGAAUGUCAACUUCAACCUCCCGCUUACCUACUUUGACAGCCCACAUAUUCAAGGCGUGAGACAGCUCGUGGACUUCUCCGCUCGUUCAAAGUAUGGCGCUAUGAUCUUCUUCAUUUCCUCCGUCGGCGCUGUCUCCAGCCUACGGCAGCCUCAAGGUGCUGAUGGCAGACCUCGACCUGUUCCUGAAGAGCCCAUUGAAGAUUGGUCUGCAGCGUCUACGGAAGGAGGCUAUGGACAGUCGAAGCUUGUAGCGGAAAGAAUCCUCGCCACUGCUGCCAAAGAAGCAGGUAUUCCGUGUGCCAUAUGCAGAGUUGGUCAGAUCGCUGGACCAAGCCCAGGAGAAGGCGAUUGGCAGAGAAAUGAGUGGCUACCGACACUCGUGGUCUCUUCACGAAAUAUGGGAUGUCUCCCGACGUCCUUGGGCUCUUUCAACAACGUUGACUGGGUACCGAUUGAUCUUGCUGCAAAGAUCGUCCUCGACUUCGUCGGGCAUGCAGGAAAGAAAUUGCUUGAUUCACCAAACCAGCCUCAGAUCUAUCACGCUGUCAACCCACGACCCACGCCCUGGCAAUCUCUCCUCCCCGCUGUGCAGUCUAGCCUCGCUGUCGAGAAGACAGUACCAUUUGAGGAAUGGAUUGAUAAGUUGACCAGACUCGGAGAUCAGGAUAUCAAUCGAUACCCUGCUGUGAAACUUGCCAAUUUCUAUCGAAGUCUACUGGCAGCUGAGGAAGUGAGAUUAGAUACACUGGAGAGCAGGCGAGCAAGUUGGGCCUUGAAUGAGAUGAAGCCAGUCACCGGAGACAUGCUGAGGGGUUGGAUCCGGAGAUGGUUCUGAGCAGCGUGCCGCGCCGGGCUGCGUGGAGUGGCACGUGGGGUUGCUGAGCUCUGCGAUAAAUGUUGUUGCGCUUACAUGCCAACCAACUCACUCGAUGCACGGCUGUGACGGAGUAUGACAUGAUGUUCAGAAAAUAUGUAUUCUUCUAGGCCUCAGCAAGUGUAAUAAUGAUUAGUUUGUCCACC